AUGCCAAGUCCCAAGAACCAUAGGAAGGGAAGGAUAGAUAAACGAUCUACGUCUUUUCACGGUGACAACGACAACGCCAUGCCUACUGCCACAAUCCGCCGUCCGAAAACCGUUCCCGAUCUCAUAUCUUACCGGAACAGCAUGAUUCCGGUAUCGGAAGGUCUUCCUAGACAUCCUCCGAAGCUUCUCCUUAAGGUUACGGUUCUCGGAAGCCUUGGUCCUGUUCAGAUGCUUUUAAAGCCGGAAUCAACCGUCGGCGAUCUCGUGGACGCGGCGGUUCGGCAGUAUGUUAAGGAAGGUCGCCGUCCGAUUUUACCUUCAAAUGUUGCCUCCGAUUUCGACCUUCACUAUUCACAGUUUAGUUUAGAAAGUUUAUGUAGGGAGGAGAAGCUAGUCAAACUGGGAUCUAGAAACUUCUUUAUGUGUCCGAGAAACACUCCUCAUGCAGCGGAGGGUAUUUCUGGAAAUAAAAAAGAUGGUGGCGUUCCGGCGACAUCGUGUUGCAAAGAGGUUGAUAUUGGUGGUGGUGGAGGUGGUUUUGGUUGGUUCAAACUUUUGCAUUUCAGGCUGUAA